AUGGAGGCUAUCACUAAACUUUCAAUGAAUGUAUGUCCAUACAUUAAAUCUCAUUCAGUUCAAGCUUUAAGACAAAUCAGUUCUAAAUCAUCAUUGGCCAAUGAAGCUAAACAAUGUCCUUUUAUGAAACAAGCUUUAAAAGCUAGAGAAAGUUCCAUGAAUUAUUCAACUGCCACUAAGCCUGUCAAUGCUACUGCCAUUCCUCAAGAAGUUCCAAAGACUUCAGCUUACAGUUUCAAAUCUGACAAUUUAGUUGAUGGUAAGAUUGGAAUCAGUGAAUUAGAUUUAUCAUCAAAUGAAACCAAAUUCGAUUACAAUGGUUAUUUAAACAACGAAUUGGAAAAGAAAAGAUCCGACAAAUCUUACAGAUAUUUCAAUAAUAUCAACCGUUUAGCUAAUGAGUUCCCAAAAGCUCAUAGAAGUCAAGAAGAGAAGAAAGUUACUGUCUGGUGUUCCAACGAUUACUUAGGAAUGGGUAGAAACAAAGAGACUUUAGCUGAAAUGAAAAGAACUUUGGAUAAGUAUGGUACCGGAGCUGGGGGUACUAGAAAUAUUGCAGGUCAUAAUCAACAUGCAAUUAAAUUAGAAUCUGAAUUGGCUGCUUUACAUAAGCAUGAAGCUGCUUUAGUGUUUUCAUCAUGCUUUGUUGCUAAUGAUGCAGUCUUAUCAUUAUUAGGACAAAAAUUGAAGGAUUUGGUAAUCUUUUCUGAUGAAUUAAAUCACGCUUCCAUGAUUCAAGGUAUUAAGAAUUCAAGAGCCAAGAAACAUAUCUUCAAACACAAUGAUUUGAACCAUUUAGAACAAUUAUUAGCUCAAUAUCCAAAAUCAACACCUAAACUAAUUGCCUUUGAAUCCGUUUAUUCAAUGUGUGGUUCCAUUUCACCAAUUGAAAAAAUCUGUGAUUUAGCUGAAAAAUAUGGUGCUUUAACAUUUUUGGAUGAAGUCCAUGCCGUUGGUAUGUAUGGUCCUCAUGGAGCUGGUGUUUCUGAACAUUUAAAUUUCAAUGAACAUUUAAAAUCUGGUAUCAAUAAAGUUGAAACUGAGACUGUUAUGAACAGGAUUGAUAUGAUUACUGGUACUUUAGGUAAAGCUUAUGGUACUGUUGGUGGUUAUGUCACUGGUAAAAACAAUUUGAUUGAUUGGUUUAGAUCUUACGCUCCAGGUUUCAUCUUCACCACUAGUUUACCACCAUCAAUCAUGGCAGGGAGUUCAACAUCUAUCAGAUAUCAAAGAUCAAACAUUAUGGACCGUAUUAGUCAACAAAAAAAUACAAGAUACGUUAAGAACAACUUAAACAAUUUAGGAAUCCCCGUUAUUCCAAACCCUUCACAUAUCGUUCCAGUUUUAGUUGGUAAUGCCGCUGAUGCUAAAAGGGCUAGUGAUUUAUUAUUAGAGAAACAUAACAUUUAUGUUCAAGCUAUUAAUUUCCCAACUGUCCCAAUUGGUGAAGAAAGAUUAAGAAUUACUCCAACUCCAGGUCAUGGAGCUGAAUUAUCAAACCAAUUAAUCGGUGCUUUGGAUUCAGUUUUCAAUGAGUUACAAUUAGAUAGAAUUAAUCAAUGGGAAUCAAAAGGUGGUUUAUGUGGUGUUGGAGAAGCUAAUGCCUCCCCUGUAGAACACAUUUGGACUGACGAACAAUUAACAUUAACUAAUGAAGAUUUAAAUCCUAAUGUUAUUGACCCAUUCAUUAGUCCAAAUCCUGUUAGUUCAGGUAUUAUUGUUUAA